AUGGUUCAGAUUGUAAAAGCCUAUGAAACUCUUUCAGAUCCCGACAAGAAGCGAACUUAUGAUUUGGUCGGAGCAAGAGAAGGAGCAAACAAAGCAAUACACAAACCAGCCAUUUUCUUUUCACUCCUUCUCUCCAGUCUUCAUAGAAUGUAUUACCGAUUUGAAGCCACUUUUAAGCCGCGCUUAUUGGCCAAAGCGCCAGCCAUUAUGUUGACUCUUCCCAUCCCUCUCUCUUCCCUCUAUGAAGGAAUUCGCUCCCAAACGCUCUAUUUUAACCGCACAUCCAUCUGUCCACACUGCCGUGGCACAGGAGUCUCCACUCCGGAACAUGUUCAUGUCUGUCCUUAUUGCAACGGUACGGGUCUUCGCGAAUAUUGCACAGUGAUUUCUCGCGAAAUCGGAUAUUCCUACUCUACUGUAUGCUCCGUCUGUGGCGGAAGUGGCCAUCUUCCCAACAGCGAGUUUUCGUGUUCUCACUGCGGCGGCAGCGGCAUAAAAAUAAUAGAAGACUUUGUGGAAGUCAACAUGAAUGGAGGGAUUCGAAGCGACUACGAAAUUUCCUUUCGCGGCGUUGUACAAUUUAAAAAAACAACAAUGAAACACAGGGAAACGAACAGUUUUUACGGCGAAGAGGCGACGUUUUUGUAA